AUGUCGAAAUACCUACAAGACCGCUGCAAUGAUGAUGACGAUGAUGAUGAUGAUGAUGUUUUGCUAAUGUAUUGGUAUGGAAAAAGGAGAAAGAAGACGAUGACAAGGUUGAAUAGAAGAUGGUGGGUACACCAUAUUAAUACGAAGCGCCAUGAAUACGGGGAGUAUCACAGACUAGUUCGAGAACUGCAACUGGAUGAAGAUAGCUUCCACCAGUAUUUCCGCAUGACGAGGGAACAGUUCGCACAAAUUUUAUAUUUGGUGGAACCCCACAUAUGUAAACAAGACACACAGUUGAGGGAAGCCAUAUCGGCACGUGAAAGACUAGCUCUAUGCAUAAGAUUUCUGGCUACGGGAAACAGUUACAAUUCAUUUGGUGCAUCCACUAUUGCAAACAUCAUUCCUCAGGUUUGUGCUGUUCUAUGGGAUCAACUAGCAGGUAUAUACAUGGAAAUGCCAAAGGAUGAAGAUGGAUGGCAGAUAAUUGCAAAAAACUUCGAAUCCACAUGGAAUUUUCCACACUGUGUGGGUGCAAUUGAUGGAAAACAUGUUUUGAUAAAAUCCCCAAACAAGACAGGAUCAUUGCAUUUCAAUUACAAGGGUACAUUCUCAGUGGUAUUAACGGCAUUAGUUGAUGCCCAGUACAAAUUCAUUUACAUUGACGUUGGUUCAUACGGACGCAACAGCGAUGGUGGCAUUUUUGCACACUCAUCACUUGGAAGAGCUUUGAGGGCAAAUGACUUACAUUUUCCACCUGACGAACAUUUGGCAGAUGCACCCAAUUUAGGUCCAAUGCCAUUUGUUAUUGUAGGUGAUGAGGCUUUUCCCCUCAUGCGCAACUUGAUGAGGCCAUAUCCAGGAGGGAAAAAAACGUUACAGGAGGGUCAACAAGUGUUUAAUUAUCGCCUAUCAAGGGCUAGACGCAUUGUUGAGAAUGCAUUUGGUAUUAUGGCAUGCAGGUGGCGUAUUUAUAACACCAAAAUGAUGGUUUGUCAUUCUACAAUCAACAAAAUAGUUAAAGCGGCAUGUGUGCUGCACAACUUUCUACAGACCACAUCAACACCAGCGCAGAUAGCAUCCAUGACGGCUGAACCUAUCGAUGACAAGCCUGCAGGAAUGCAGCAUUUUGCGAGAAGUGGCAACCGAGGUAGCACUGAAGCUUCUUUCAUUCGUGAUCAGUUUAAAACAUACUUCACAACAAGUGGCAAAGUAUCUUGGCAAUAUGAUGUG